UUUGUCCCACCCCUGCACCACGUUCACCAGUCAGUACUCAGUGGUCACCUAAAUUCUAAUAGUGUUUUAGAAAGUUUAUAGAAUUGUAAAUUGUUUAGGCCAAUUGCAGUUCCACAGUCCACGGCAUUCUUGGGAAGGACUUAGUAUAAUACAAAUAUUAUUAAGUAUUAUAAUGGCAUUUCCUGGAUACUUUAGUCUUCAAAAUAUAUUCUCGGUCGCUGUUCGGGAGCGAUGUGUGGUCAAUUUAAAAAGCUUUAAAGCACCAACUUCUAAAUUAAAGCAUAUACCAACGAAAACGGCUGCCGUUCUAAUACCAAUUUGUGGUAUUGAAAAAGUACCAUCAAUUCUGUACACUGUGCGAUCUCCAAAUUUGAAGAAUCACAGCGGUCAUAUAUCGUUCCCAGGUGGAAAAACCGAUAAAAAUGAAACACCAGUGGAAACAGCUUUACGUGAAACAGAGGAAGAAAUAGGUUUGUCAUCAUCAAAGAUAGAUGUGUGGGGUUAUGGACCUGCGUUUCCAGGUAGAAAUAACGAAAUUAUGAUUACUCCUGUAAUAGGUGCAAUACCAAAAUUGACCCAUAUGGAUUUGAAUGUCAAUUACAGUGAAGUUUCAGAGGUGUUUUCUGUUCCUCUGGAUGCUCUCUGUAAUAAGGAUAACCACUUCCACACACAGUUUAAAAAUAAUUAUAUUCUUCCAGUAUUUGUAGCUGAAAAUUACAAAAUAUGGGGCAUAACCGCAUACUUGACUCAUGUUUUCCUAAGUUGUUUACUACCAAAAGAAAUAUAUAAAAAUGAAUGGAUGAAGAAGAAAAUUGUAUUAUCAUUAUGACUAAAUGGCACAAUAAUUAAUAUAUUAUUUUAGGAAUAAUUCGGCUUUGUACUUGUACAUUGUUUAAACAAAUGAUUAUUUAUAUAAAUAAAAAGCUGUUGAAAUUUAUAAAGGUUUAUUAAAAGUAUAAAAGAUAUCACAUACAAUAUUAGGCUAGCACUGCUUAUACAAAUUUGUUAUCAAUGUCAACUUGAUAAGAUAAUUUAAAUAUAGAUAGCAAAUAUAGAAAUGUAUAGAACGAUAAUAUCUCAAUAGAUAUGAGCAUGAAUAUUUAUUAAUAAUAUAGUUACAUUGAAAAGAUUGAAACAUUGUAUGGCAUUCUAGGAAAAUUCUAAUACAGGUGAUAUUCAUAAUAUCAGGGAAAAAAAUAAAGUAAUCAGACCAGAACACUAUGUAUUAUAUAUUAUAUUUAUUAUAUACCGAGUUGUAACAUAGUAAAAAGGAAUUUUCUAUUUCUGAUGCUAAUAAUUUUUUUAGAUACCUUUUGUAAUAGCUUAUGUUGAGCUAAUUAAACACACCACUUAAAGGUCCAGAUAGAAUUACAAUCAGCCUGUACAGCUGUGUGUAUGUGAUAUGUAAAUACACAAAUGUUAAAUGUGAUAAAAACUGAGAAACAAAUUCAAAAAUGAAAGGAAAAAAAUAAAAGACAAAUAAAAAAUAAUAUUAAUCCAGGUUUAUUCCUUAACAAUUAAUUAAAUUAUUAUCUAAUAAUAAUAUACAAUGUCCACAACAUAUUGGCAUUCUUCACCAGUCAAUAUUGUAGUCUGUAUUUAUGUAUCUAUCUGCACAUGUCACAAACUUUGUAUGCACAAAAAAUAAAUAUGAGCAUGUAAUCUUUCUCAUGUGAAAUGGAUGAGAAAAAAAUAAUAAUUUGAUAAACAAGCUGGUGUUUCAAGUUGCCACAUUCUAUGGUAUUAUUAUACAAGGCAUGUUGCCAGUUAUAAAUAUUUUGCUCUGUCGUAGAAAGUCACUUGAUAUUUGUCACACAAAUGUGUGUUUAUGAUAUAUAUAAAAUGUAUAAAAGAGCAUGUUACUUUGUGGGUAGUUUUAAGACUAAUUUAUUCAAUGACAUGUGUAGAUAUACAUUUCCAACCAAUUUAUCAUAAUAAUUAACUAUUAUUACAAUAAUAAUACAAAAAUAUAGAUAUCUAUUGCUUAAUCAGGUGGUUAUUUUAAAGCCUGACUAUAUACUAGAUGGAAAAUUAUAAAAUCAAAAAAUAAGUACAUUCUACCUUGGAUAAGGUAAUUCCACAGCAGGCAAGAAGGAGAUUG